UUUAACUUUAAGAUUAUAUACUACGCAGAGACGCUUAAUAGAGUAGUGGACGCUUUAAGUAGAAGGUCUAAUUUACGCGAAGAAGGUUAUAAAGAACCACAUAACGCCUUACUUAAGAUAAUACCUAAUAGCAGUCUAAAGUACAACUAG